CCAUUAUACCUUAAGCUUGCUUGCUCAGCAGCACAGCGAUGGAAAUCAUAUACACCUGAAUCGGAAAUGAAAUUAGCUCCAACUCCUAGAGAAAUUAUUAAGCAGUUUUUUGAAAGGUUAAAUCAGGUUCAUGGGACAUUAUUCGUCAAACGAGCUCUCGGCUACAUAACGGCCAGUAAAAACGGUUUAUCGUCCACAGAGUUAGAAGAUUUACUUUCGUGCGAUGAAGAAGCUUUAAGGGAUGUCUUUCAGUUUCAUAUUCCUCCCUUAAGACGAUUACCUACACUACUUUGGACGCGACUGCGUAAUGAUUUAGGUGAUUAUCUAGCUGAGAGAGGUGCAGAUGGCGUGGUAGUCUAUUCAUGGUAUCAUCGACAAUUUCGAGAGGUUGCUGAAGAAUACUUUCUUGGCAAUGUUGAAUUUAAAGAGGAAAUUCAUGGGAUGUUGGUUGAUUAUUUCAUUGGAAGGUUAGUAGUCAUCGAGAAUGUAAAUGCAAAUAACGUAUAA